ACGUCGUGUAGUGGUCUCCUAAUUUUAGCUUAAACCCUAGUCCUGUCGCCGCCGGUGGUCACAGCAGUCUCCGGCGACAGUUCCCGCUGUUAGUCUUCUACUACGGUGAAAAUCUCGAUUCUGAUUCUUUCUAUCCAGUGAAAAAAUCUCCGAAACCAUUACUCUACAUUGUUCUAUUCUGAUUUGAAUUUGUUUGUAUUGAAUUCGGUGUAAUUUUUGUUGUGUUAUUGAGUAUUGAGAAAAAUCGAACUUGUGAAUCGAUCAAUGUUGGACGAAAGCAAAUUCGACGUGCAUCUGAAUCUCUGGGCAUUAAGAAUUCCGAGGGAACUUUGUAAGGCCGCCAUUAAAAUACUGAACGGGUACUUAAUUGACAAGCCCCGGAUUAAACCUGUGACUGAAGAUCCAACAUGUGAUAAGAACCGUUAUGUUAUAUUAUCUGAAAAGGUUCAAACUCCAGAAUUAUCAGAAAUUCCAGAAAUGAAGCUUGAAGAAUUGAAAGGCUUAUGCAUGUUUGAACGAGUUCCUUAUUCACUAACCCUUGGAUAUUCAUAUUGGGGAGCAGAUCAUAUUCUCAAGAAGAUUUUGCCUCCUGAAGUGGAAGUGCCUUCAUCUUUUGAGACAAUAGGUCACGUUGCUCACCUGAAUAUACAUGACGAAUUGCUUCCAUAUAAGGAUGUUAUUGCAAAGGUUAUUUAUGAUAAAAAUUAUCCGAGGAUUAAAACAGUUGUAAAUAAAGUGGGUUCUAUAACAAAUGAGUUUCGGGUUCCAAAGUUUGAAAUACUGAAAGGAGAGAAUGAUAUGGUAACAGAAGUGAAGCAAUAUGGAGCGACAUUUAAGCUUGACUACAGUUUGGUCUACUGGAACUCAAGAUUGGAACAUGAACACAUAAGGCUGGUUUCACUCUUCCAACCAGGAGAGGUAAUUUGUGACAUGUUUGCUGGUAUUGGUCCUUUUGCAAUUCCAGCCGCCCAGAAAGAAUGUAUAGUAUAUGCCAAUGACUUGAAUCCAGACAGCGUCCGAUAUCUGAAGGUUAAUGCAGAAAUCAAUAAAGUUAGUGGUCGCGUUCAUGUGUACAAUUUGGAUGCUAGGAAAUUUAUUUCUCGAUUGAUGAUAGUUCCCCCUAAUGAAAGUAAUUCAGAAACUGUCACCUCAAUACUAAAAGCUUCUGAGGAAGGCAUUGGAGGGACCAAUCAAGAAUCACCGUUGGCAAAUGUUCAGGUGCAAGAAGUUCAAGAUAUUGAAAUUAGCAAUAAAUUUGUAGAACAUUCAAGGAGUGCUGAUAUAUCCGUUGCUGUUCUUAAAAGAUCCUCGGAAAGUUGUGAGAAUGAGAAAGACGACAGAAUUGCUGAUGAUGCUUCCACCCGUGUAGCCGGUAGGAGAAAUGGAAACGGAAAUAAGAGGAUGAAGGGGUCCACCAAUGUAUCUCAUGCUAGGACCUGGGAACACAUCGAUCAUGUGAUUAUGAACCUCCCUGCUUCUGCUUUACAUUUUCUUGAUGCAUUUAGAGGCUCAAUUAAGAAGAAAUACUGGAAGGGCUCCCUUCCUUGGAUUCACUGUUACUGCUUCAUGCGAGCAAAUGAAAAUCAAGAUUUUAUCAUUUCGGUGGCUGAGUCUGCCUUGAAUGCUAAUAUUCAAGACCCCAUUUUUCAUAGGGUCAGAGAUGUUGCACCAAACAAGGCUAUGUACUGUUUGAGCUUUAGGCUUCCGGAACAAUGUGUCAAUGAGGACACGACUAGCUAAAAAUCGAGUAAAACUUUUCUAUCUCUUGGGGCUUCAUUUUCCGAAUUUUUUUCCCAGAGAUUUUCUUGUUCUCACAUCAUCGUAAUUCAUGUUUGUUUCUCAUUUCUGAGAUGUACAAGGUAGACGUAUGAUAUGGUAGGCUAGCUCUUGGGUAUUUCAGUUCUAAAGUUGAGAUUGGUGUUUAGCUGCAAAAUGUGUUUGGAAAAUUUUCCAUAUUGGCUCGGUAUAAUUCAUAACUAAUCACUUGAAUUUGUAUAAAACAAAUGUCUCAUGUCCUAAGUUAUAACAAUAUCCCUUGAUAGACUUA